AUGUCAGACGUUGCCUCCUUGGAGACAGAGGUCAAAGAAUUCAAGCUUCAGCUUGAAACAGUCCAGUCUAGCUUGCAGGUAGAUCCCGAUAAUACAGAGCUGCAGAGUCUUAAAACUGAACUCGAAGAACUCAUAACCCUUACCGAAACUGCAAUCGCCGAACUCAAACCAGCUGCACCCGCCGUAUCACAGUCCCAAUCCCGAUCAACCCAAGAGACAUGGUCCAAGGACUCUGGCUCUCGGAAGCCAGUCACAGACGCUACCGAUGACGUUCCACCAACACCCGCAACAUUCUCUGUGAAUGAUAUCGUUCUCGCUCGCUGGGUCUCAGGCGAUAACUCUUUUUACCCUGCUCGUAUCACCUCAAUUACUGGAUCAUCCAGCAACCCUGUGUACCUGGUGUCGUUUAAAUCUUACGCUACCGUGGAGAAUCUGACGGCCAAGGACAUCCGCCCGGUCUCUGGCAAUGAAUCUCGCAAGCGCAAGGCUGAUGGAACCUCACACAGUUCAGCGUCGCCCUCACCCGCACCGCCCGCACAUCCCAAUGUGAUCUCUGCAGCGGCUGAUAUCAACCCGGCUUUGGCGAAUCAGGCCAAGCAGGAACCCAGCAAGGCUACUGAUGGACCGGCUCGACCUGCCAAAGUGCCCCGUAAGGUGAAAGCUACUAAGGAAUUAGAGGCGGGCAAAAACAAAUGGCAGGACUUUGCUGCCAAAAGUAAGGGCAAGUUCGGCAAGAAAGAGAGCAUGUUCCGUACUGGCGAGGGUGUCAAUGCACGAGUGGGCUUCACCGGUUCAGGCCAACAAAUGCGCAAAGAUCCUACUCGAACCCGUCAUAUUUAUCAGCAGGGUGAAGAGGAGGGCUACUAA